AUGGUCAGAAAGUUAAAGCAUCAUGAGCAGAAACUGCUGAAGAAAGUGGAUUUCUUGGACUGGAAACAGGACCAAGGUCAUCGUGAUACGCAGGUUAUGCGUACGUAUCACAUCCAAAAUCGGGAAGAUUAUCACAAGUACAAUAAAAUUUGCGGGAAUGUGCGUCGACUGGCGCAUAAGCUGUCGCUGUUGCCUCCAUCAGACGGGUUUCGUAUCAAGCACGAGGGCCUUCUGCUUGAAAAACUGUACGCAAUGGGCAUCUUGGCUACCAAGUCGAAAAUCUCAGAUCUGGAAAACAAAGUUACCGUUAGUGCCAUUUGUAGGAGACGUUUGCCCGUGAUCAUGCAUCGUAUGAAAAUGGCAGAGACGAUAUCAGACGCUGUCAAAUUCAUCGAACAAGGCCACGUCAGGGUAGGGCCACAUUUGAUAUCAGAUCCGGCAUAUCUUGUCACCAGGAACAUGGAAGACUAUGUCACAUGGGUGGAUAGUUCGAAGAUCAGAAAGACGAUUCUGAGAUACAGAAACCAAAUUGACGACUUUGAUUAUGCAUAG